GUUUACUGGAGAGCCAGCGUAUCCCACACACACCACGGCACUAGAGACUGGGCAUCCCAGCAUACACACUGACUGACUGGCUGACUGACUGAACCCGAGCAUCGCAGCAACUGAAUAUCAAGGAUCCGCGGACACACUCUUUUCCAAAAUCCUUUGGGUGUGUGAUUUUAUUUUAUUUUUGCGUCUGAACAGUGGAUACGCUGCCAUGUACACUGCAUUGUUGACAGGCGCGCGUGUGUUGUUGUGUGACAGCACUGCCCAAGAAGCAUUUUAUUAGGACUGGCUAAAGGGGGGCUCUCUUCACUUCAGAGCAACCUGCAGCUGGUUACAUGUUGGUUGAAUUGUGUUUUUCCUCCGGAUCCGAUGAAGGACUGAUUAUUUUCCCCGUUUGGCUUUUUUUUAACCUGCAAGAGAGGACGUGUCUGUUUUUCUGUGAAGGAAGAAGCUGAUUCUCGGUCCAUGCUUGGCCUGUAGGCUACUACUGUUGAUUUUAGUUCGCUUUCGUGCUUCAGUUGUGGGGUUGCAGCUCAGCCCAAAGCCAUGGUCCACUGCGCCGGCUGCGAGAGGCCUAUUCUGGACCGCUUCCUGCUCAACGUGCUGGACAGAGCCUGGCACGUCAAGUGCGUGCAGUGCUGCGAGUGCAAAUGUAAUUUGACAGAAAAAUGUUUUUCUCGAGAGGGGAGACUGUACUGCAAAAAUGAUUUCUUUAGAAGGUUCGGCACCAAGUGCGGCGGCUGCUCGCAGGGCAUUUCUCCCAACGACCUGGUGCGGAGGGCCCGCAGCAAAGUGUUCCACCUCAACUGCUUCACCUGCAUGAUGUGCAACAAGCAGCUGUCCACCGGAGAGGAGCUCUACAUCAUAGACGAGAACAAAUUCGUUUGCAAAGAAGAUUACCUAAACAACAGCAGUGUAAAAGACGCCAGCCUCCUCUCAGUAACGGCGUGUAGCGACCCCAGUUUAUCACCGGACUCUCAGGACCAGCUGCAGGACGACGUGGUUCUGAAGGACACGGAGAUAGCCGCCCUGUCCGACAAAGAGACGGUCAACAACGAGAAUGACGACCAGAACCUGGGGGGGAAGCGGCGCGGCCCCCGCACCACCAUCAAGGCCAAACAGCUGGAGACCCUGAAGGCGGCGUUCGCUGCCACCCCCAAACCCACCCGGCACAUCAGGGAGCAGCUGGCCCAGGAGACCGGGCUCAACAUGCGGGUCAUCCAGGUCUGGUUCCAGAACCGACGUUCCAAAGAGAGGCGCAUGAAGCAGCUGAGUGCGCUGGGUGCGCGGAGGCACGCGUUUUUCCGCAGCCCGAGGCGGAUGAGGACGCUGGUGGACCGGUUGGAGCCCGGGGAGCUCAUCCCCAACGGGCCCUUCUCCUACUACGGAGAUUAUCAAAGCGAGUACUACGGUCCGACAGGGAACUACGACUUCUUCCCUCAGGGGCCUCCGUCGUCGCAAGCCCAGACCCCGGUCGAUCUCCCCUUCGUGCCCUCCUCAGGCCCCACCGGGACCCCCCUCGGAGGUAUGGACCACCCCCUGCCGGGCCACCACCCCUCCAGCGAGGUGCAGCGUUUCUCCGAUAUAAUGUCCCACCAUCCGGGGGAUUCUCCCAGCCCAGAACCAGGCCUCCCGGGACCCAUGCACGGCCUCUCCUCCGAUGUGUUCGGCCCCAGUCCGCCCUUUACCUCACUGUCCCUGAACGGCAGCGGAUACAACAACCACCUGUCCCAUGCACCCUCGGAAAUGAACGAGGGCACUGUGUGGUAGCUCUCUGAGAGCCUGGACUCUACUGAUGAGAGGAACAGGUCCUCGUGAGGUUUGGUGGUGAUGGGGGCUGGGGUCGAGAACAUGGAAAUGGAUAUUGACAGGGUUAAGGCAACGCCAUUGAAUCAUUUUUAAUUUCGUUUCAUAUUUAUUUAUUUAUUUUCCCUCUGGAUUUGUUGUUGUUUUUUGUGGGGAGAGCGUAUCUGGCAUAAUGCUUAAAAACAUUGUCUUCAUUAUUGUGUUUGGGUGUUUGAAUUGCUUCAUGAACUCCCCAAGCCGCAUCCAAAAAAAAAGGGUGAGACUGCUGAACUGCCCCCCAUUCACCCCCUCCUUUGUUUGGACCCCCGUCACCCCUCCUGACUCAUGUCAGUCGCUCCCUAACACUCACCGGUGGGGUAAAAACAAGCCUUUGGAAAUCUCCUAUGGUACGCCCUGAACAGGAAAACAUCAUUAGCUACUGUCAAAGACCUGAAUAGCUUUGCAGAGAGAGAAUAAGGCCGAGCGGUGAUGGUGUGCUGACCGGGCUCCAAGCUGAGCUGCGUUCACACUCUGUUCGAGGUACGACUUUUGUCCCUUGUAUUUAUUCAGAAGCUCCUCAGACCUCUUUGCCUCUCAAGGCUCUGCCAUAUUGACAAUUACACUUUUUUGACACAAUGUUUCCGGAGGCCAGAGGAAAUGACAAUUGUUCCUCCGUGUGGACCAUUUUCUUUCGUUUUUUUUUUCAGUAUGUCCACCAAAUCUGAAGAAGGCCGCCUUCAAAAGGCAAACAGUGAAAACCCUCUAUGGAUUGCAAACCCUUUAUUUAAAAUGGAAGUGAACUUGAAAUGUCGAAAUGAAGUCUACCUUCUAAAAAUCUUUUACCGGGGUUCUAAACGGGACUUAGAACAGUCAACUGUUUACGUGAUCUAUUAAAUUCAGGAGUCCAGAAGUAUCGAAAACCAUGUUUUAGAACCUCUUGAUCCAUAUAAAAUUGUUCCAAGCAACCAA